AUGUCAUCCAAACACCACUUGCAUUACGCCUCCCAACCGAAAAUUCAACCUUUUCAUCAGACAUUUGUGUUUGUGGAAGGAACCUUGGAAUCUGAAGAUACUGCAACAACCACCUGCAAGAUCUUCUCCAUUUAUGAAAUUUCCAAUUUGAAUGAUAUUCAACGUAGAGAAGUCUUUCGAGUGUGGGAAUCGGACUGGUUGAGAAAUUAUUGCAAUUCUAUUAUUACAACGAAGAAGAACAAUGAAAAUUCUUCUGGACCAGGAAGAGGAAUGAGAGCCUUGUGUCAUGUUGGAUACUCGAUCCAAGAAGGCUAUACCUGCAAUGAAGAAGCCAUCAUCACCAACUGGAAUUUGAAGGAAGACAUGAGCAAGUCCAUUCAACACUAUACACACAAUUCGAAUAAUGAUGCUGUGGGAUUUGUGAAUGGAAGAGCUCUCUUCAUGCCCUCUUCUGGUACCUAUAUUCUUCCCCAGAUUGAAAAAAAGACACAAUGGUGA